CCCGGGUUGCCCCAAUUUCUUUUUGUUUUUUUUUGCAUUUAUCUUUCGAUCAGAUUGAUAUGAAGCGUAUUAGCCAUCUUUUUUAUUAGUUGAAUAUACCUUGUUCUGUGUUGCCUCACCGUUGAGAUUAUUGAUCUGACGUCUGUCUGUUCCCGAAGGUAUAUUUGAUCGGUGAAGGAGUCAUCAUAAGCAACCACAACGCGUAGCCACUUGUUGUGAUCCCACAUAUAUAUACUUUCCACUUGUGCGAACGAAGGCAUGGGAAGAUGACAACAGAUUCAUUAGUAUCCUUGAAGUCGCCUAACGCUGUCGAGCGAGCCGAAUACACGCCGCCAUGGGCGAACACGAGCAUCGUCGGUAUCGCAGGUAGCUCGGGAUCAGGCAAGACAUCGUUGGCAUUAGCCAUUGUCGCGCAAUUGAAUCUGCCAUGGGUUGUGAUUUUGUCGAUGGACUCGUUCUAUAAAGUCCUCACGCCCGAUCAAUCCGCCUGUGCAUUCAGGAAUGAAUUCGAUUUCGACGCGCCAGAAGCGAUUGACUUCGACGUUCUGGUGGAUCGAUUAAGGGAUAUCAAAGCAGGAAGAAAAGCGGAAAUCCCCAUCUAUUCCUUUGAGAAACAUUCGCGACUGGACAAAACGACCACCAUCUACUCCCCGCACGUCCUGAUCCUUGAAGGCAUCUUCGCCCUCCACGAUCCCCGCGUGCUGGACAUGUUAGAUCUCAAGAUCUUCGCCGAAGCCGACGCCGACGUCUGCCUCUCCCGCCGCCUCCUCCGCGACGUCGAGCAGCGCGGCCGCGACAUCGCCGGCUGCAUGAAACAAUGGUUCCGCUUCGUCAAGCCCAACUUCCACAAAUACGUGGAGCCCCAACGCCACGUCGCGGACAUCAUCGUGCCGCGGGGAAUCGAGAACCCCGUGGCGAUCGGGAUGAUCUCCGACCGGGUGCGGAAGAUCCUCGAAGAUAAGAGCCGCCGACACCAGGGCGAGUUGCGGCGGCUGGGGCAGUUGGCGAGGGCGGAGGGAGAGGCGCGCGGGGUGGGGCGGAAUGUGGUGGUGGUGGAGCGGACGGCGCAGGUACGGGGGAUGGAGACGCUGGUGAUGGACAACGAUCUAUCGCGGGAGGAGUUCGUGUUUUACUUUGAUCGGUUGGUCGGCGUGCUGGUGGAGCGGGCGGUGGGGCUGCAGGCGUUCCUGCCGAGUCAGGUGGAGACGCCGCAGCGGACGCUGUUUCUCGGGUUGCGGCCGGCGGGGGAGAUCACGGCGGUGGUGUUAUUGCGGGGGGGUGGCGCGCUCGAGGCGGGGUUGAGGAGGGUUAUCCCGGAUUGCUGUACGGGCCGGUUGCUGAUCCAGACCCACGAGGAGACAGAGGAGCCGAGUCUGCAUUUUCGGAAGCUGCCGCCGGAUAUCGGGCGGCCGCGGGCGGAGACGGCGGGUGGGAGUUGGCGAGAUGGGGAGAGUAGUGGGAGUAUCAGUAGUCGGGAGGGGGAGGGGGGCUUGGUGCUGUUGCUGGACAGUCAGUUGAAGACGGGGGGCGCGGCGCUGAUGGCGGUGCGGGUGCUGGUGGACUUCGGCGUGCCUGAGGAGAAGAUCGUGAUCGUGUGCUACGAGGCGCCGCGCGUCGGGUUGAGGCGGAUCUUGAGCGUGUAUCCGAAUGUCAGGGCGGUCGUGGUGCGGAUCGUGGAGGAUGGGAAGGUGACGGAUCGGUGGGUGGAGCGGAGGUAUUUUGGGACUUGA